ACAUCAUUGUCGUCAUCAAUUGUAAGCAGACAUUCUGGAGCCUUGGCCCCGGCAAAAAAUCGCAUGCCAGGAAACUCUUAAUCUUAAUCUUAACCGUAGCUGAAUGAAAUCAUGGCGUCUCCCGGUAAGAUGAAGCACGUACCAGCAAGCGGAACGACCGUUGAGAAGACGGCGCAGGGCGGAGACGAGGCGCCAGUGGGGGCAACGACGGGGCAUACGCGACUCUGGUUCUGGAGGUCCACGUCGACGAAGUCGUCCCGCGGCAGCUUAGGAAGCCUCCUUGAAGGGCGACUGCUCUUCAUGUGCGCGUUUUACCUGGGUAUGCUGGUCUUCUUUCCUCCACUCGUGCUCUACUCACUCUACCUCGCGCUGUGGUGCGGAUCGCUCCUGUGUCGGGUGCUUUGGUUGUUUGUUCUCGUGGACUACCUCAUUCCAUUGAAAACGCCAGGGAUGUGGACCUUUUGGUGCAUGCUGCAGGACGACACCUUCGCAAAAACGCGUUAUUGGGAUGCAGAAGUGGUAUCAGAGUUUUUUUCUGCUUCAGCGAGUGCAACUAUGAGCCGUGCCAGCUCUUUAGCGUCCGCAACCACCGGGACCACCAUGAGUAGCAGCGUAUUUGCCCCAGAAACGCCCUCGACGGGUAACGUCUUGAACAAAAACUUGGAGAGUAGUAAUGCGAAGAUCACGGCAAGAGCAGGCAGUACCUUUAUUUCCAAAGAGCAUGAAGACAUCAGCUUCAGGAAUCCUUCCGACGACGUGCUGAUCGUGGAUGAGGACGGGUAUGACGUCACCGAUCAUAGUUGCAACACAGUGGAGGCGCCAGAUUUUGAGGUUUUUCGCAUGGAGCCAAGAGACUACAGAGAAAUGUUCCAAAGUGCAAUCUUCCAAGAACGAAAGGGCGUGGUGGAAAAGAACAACUACCUAGUACUCUACCACCCGCAUUCCCUCUUCGGCGUUGGGCACACGCUUCUUUUAAGGCGGCUUAAGUCUUUUGGAUCUUGUUUACUAGGCAGUGAGGUAUCCCGAGCGGAUGCCCUCAAGAAGUCAACGGAAGUAUUCCAGUGCAUCAGCCCAGGUGCAGUCACUGAAGGCGUGGGUCUACGUAUGAAGACAGUUAAAGAUGAAAUUAAGUGGUCCCGUUCUUCUAAUGUUUGUCAAGUACUUUUUCGAAACCAGUGGCGCAGAGCUCCUUUUCACGGGUGCAGAUAUCAUAUCCUACUUUCCGUUUUUACGCAGGGUCCUCGUGUGGUGGGGCUACACGAAGGUCUCAGCACCAGAACUGAAGCGCAAUCUCAAGAGACCUUAUCCCCAGAACUUUCUCACGCUGCUGCCAGGUGGAAUUGCGGAGAUGUUUUACGGGAACAGUACAGUGAAGAUAAAAGCUAGCAGUAAACAGGAUAAAGAUGAUGCCUCGACGCCAUCUUCUUCUCUUAGCGAAUCCGGGCUGAUGUACCAGGACACGAGAAGCGCGCGCGACGCGUUGUUGAAGGAGCUUCGUCAAUCCUCCUGCGCAGCAACUGCUCAGAUCGACGUGAGAGGUCUGCUCACGGGAGAGCAAGUCGUGCUGCGAAAGCGCACAGGCUUUUGUCGCAUCGCCUUGCAGAGCGGCGCAUCACUAGUACCGGUUUACGCUAUGGGGGCAAACCAGGUGUACAACCGUUUCUUCACGCAGGACUCGUUCUUCUCGCGCCUAAGCUCCAAACUUCAGACCUCGCUGGUCGUGUGGACGGACCGCCUCGGUGUGCCCUUUGGAUGCGUGCCAUUCUUAGGGCUUUUUAUCUUUAUAUAUACUAUAAGUAUCGGUAGGGAUAGCCUCGCAAUUGCUUUACUCAUCUUUUCUCUUUUUAGUUCAUGGAGCCAUGGGAGCAAAAGUCCCUCUCCCCAUUUCCAAUUCCUGAAGGAGCAAAAGUCCUCCUUCCAACUUCCGUUACUGAGUUAGUCAUGGGAGCAAAAGUCCCCCUUCCCAUUUCCAUUAGUCUUAGUCAUGGGAGCAAAAGUCCCCCUUCCCACUUCCUCCCACCAGGUUUUUGUAUGAUUCAUGUGUGGGAUUACCUACUUAUUUGUGAAAUUACUUGUUGUGAUGAAAUAUGAUCAACACACUUGUUUGAUAAAUGUGAAGAUGAGUCUUUCAGAUUGUAUAUCAAAAAUCUUCACCGAUCAUUGCUGGCGGCUUCUAAUCUUCUCCGUGAAGAUGGUCGUUGUGAUCGGACGGCCGAUUCCUGUCGAACGAGAGAGUGAUCCCACUGCAGAACAAAUUUCCGCACUCCACGAACGAUACAUUACGACAAGUUACAUUCUCUAGCAAUUCACGUCCACGAACGAUAUCUUAAGAAUUACCAAGAAACUACGUCCUUCGCAAUCGUAUUAUUUUGGCUUUUAUUUCGUGAAGGAAAUCACUCAUGGACAGUAAUGGACAAGAGUGCAAAAAUCCUCGAGCACCCGCUCGCUCUAAGUAUAUUCGCGAGCUGCGUGCACUGUUUGACCGGCACAAACAUCGUGCGGGCUGGGGACCGGGAAAAAAGCUCUACCUUGAGGACGAAGACCUCAUAGUCGACGAUGUUGCGUCGUUGCUACCCCCGUCACUGCGUAGUAGAUCCAAAAAGGAGAAAUAA